CCCUACAUAUCUUGAAAUUUACGGAGGAUAAGAUAAUAGAUGAGAAAACCCUAAAUGGCAAAACACGAGACAGGGUGGCAUUCUGGUCCGUCGAGUUGACGAUACCUACACAAGAAGACGGAAUUGAAGCAGCGGAGCAAAAUGAAUUGCGUGCAUCGGCGACCAUGAACCUAAGACCCGUGUUUCUCGGCCACAAUGAUGAUUGCAAGGAGGCUUCUCUUUGCUUCGGGGAAGAAUUCCGCCCGAGCUGCUUAUUCCGCCAUCACCCGCGCGCAGAGUCGUGUUGCCCCUCCGAAUCCAGGUCCAAAUACAGAGCAUUCUGAACAUGUUGUUGUCGCAAGCAGUCGCCCGAGCCUUUACGAGAUUUUCGCCGGCAAGAAAGCCGGUGCCGGACCAGUGGAGUCGUCAGGAAAGCUUCUUCAUAUGCUGACCCUGGAAAGUCCAUCUUCGUUUUAGACGUGGGUACCAGAUAUGUCGGGGUCUCCAAGAUCAUAAUGGGAGCAUUUGGUGUUAGACCCACGGUGAAGUUGACCCACGGUGAAGUUGGUCACGUAAAUCGAGAAAACAAGAGGACUUGAGAAAAAUAAGAUGAAUAAAAUAUGAAGUAAUAAUAAUAACUAGUGGUAUUU